AUGCCCACCAUAGGGAUCCGGAAAUCAUUGCUCGAUAAGCAUCUGGGAAGGAUCUAUUGUAUGUUUCUUUCGUCUUUGGCUCACAUUUUCGAAAUCAUUACUACUUGUCAAUCCACUGAGAAGGAGUUCGAUGAGCUAUGCUUCGACUAUGGUCUUGAGCUAGAUGAAGUCACCUCUGAGAAGGCUACCUUGGAGAAAGAACGUGGACGUGCCGCUGCUGGUGACGUGCUUUGCGACUUUGAAGUGUAUAAAAUCGAAGUACCUGCUAACAGAUACGACCUUGUCUGUGUAGAAGGACUCACAAGAGCUCUACAUAGUUAUGCGUCAUUUAUUGACUUACAGGACAAACUUCAUCAAAAUAUUUGUCGGAAACGAACUUUAGUAGCAAUCGGAACACACGAUCUGGACACAAUAUCUGGUCCUUUCAAGUAUACUGCUGAUUAUCCGAAGAACAUAAGAUUCAUUCCGCUUAAUCAAACCAAGGAGUUCACUGCUGACGAACUGAUGGAAUUCUAUUCGGCCGAUAGUCAUUUGAAACCUUAUUUACCGAUUAUUCGUGACAAGGAGCGUUAUCCGGUCAUUUACGAUGCAAACGGUAUUGCUAUUAUUGUUCUUGACACUGUUGUUGUAAUGUUCAGUCAGUAUUGUCGUGAACCUUUCACGGUUGAGCCAGUAGAAGUGGUUUACGAGAAGGAUAAUCGUAAGGAGGCACUUAAAAGUCGUGAACUUAUGGUGCGGGUCUCCGAAAUUAAUGCAAAAAUUGGUUUCCAACUUGACGCCCAAACCAUGGCAAAGUUGUUGGUCCGUAUGUCGUUGGAAGCUGAUGUUAUCACUGAAAACACACUUAAGGUGACAGUUCCACCAAGUCGCCACGACAUACUGCAUGAAUGUGAUAUUGCGGAGGAUGUAGGCGUAGCAUAUGGCUUUAACAAAUUAGUCCGUCGUCUUCCUGAGUCGAAUACAGUGGCUAAGGCGUUUCCGCUUAACAAACUUUCGGAUUUGCUCCGUGGAGAGGUUGCAGCUGCUGGUUGGACUGAAGCGUUAAGUUUCGCUCUGUGUUCAAGGGAAGAUAUUUCGACACGAUUACGAGAUGAGACAGCACUCGAUAACGCAGUGCACAUUUCAAACCCUAAAACCCAAGAAUUUCAGGUAGCUCGAUCAUCUUUGCUGCCAGGUUUGAUGAAAACGCUGCUGUCAAAUCGUGAUAUGCCGCUUCCUCUUAAACUGUUUGAAUUACAGGACAAUGGAGAUGGGUACUAUAUUCGCGCUUGUGAUAAUCCUACAUUCUUCUCUGGUCGAUGUGCGUCAAUUGUUGGUCCGCAAAAUUCCGUGCUAGGCGUUUUAGGCGAAGGUCUCACGUAUGUGUUAGUUUACCGAUCAGAGCAGUAUAAACGGUUAAAGUCAGAGAUGGAGCGCAAAACUAAGAGGCUAGAGAAGAAGAAGCAGGAAGUCGGUGACGCCGCAACAAAUAGGGAUAUGUCAAUGUUCAAAAUGAAGUCAAUGUUUGCGAUUGGUCUUGCGUUUACUGCUCUUUUGUCUACGUUUAACUCGAUAUUUGACGGACGGGUGGUCGCUCGACUGCCCUUUGUUCCUAUUGGUUUUCUUCAAGGACUUUCUCACAGAAAUCUAAAUCUACAAAAAGCUCUAGGAUUCGCUCCAUCGCGCGCCAUGAAUCGUCAGCAGGGCAGUUGGGCACCCACACAGCAGCAACAAUUUAACUAUUUCCGUUAG